AGUUGAGUGUGUGGUGCUCAAGAGUGGUGACUGUUCGUUCGACAAGAACAUAUUCUACACAUUUUUUUUUCUUUCAAUAAAAUAUCUGUAAAAAUAGCCAAUAUUUUUAAGAUGGAGAUGUAAAUAUUUAACGAACUCUAAAACAAUGUGAAAAUAUUUGGAAAAAAAUUGAAAACCAAAGGAUCAGGAACCAAAGAACAAACACUUUUAAAUAUUAUACCAAAGAACCAGACCAUUCGUAUUGAUCUUGUUGAGUGAAUGAAUAUGAGCGCUGGAAUUUCCCAGCAAUUUUGUGUCCGAUGGAACAGUCACCUCGGCAGUCUAGGAGCGGCUUUCCCUCAACUGUUAGCCGGUCAACGGUUCGUUGACGUAACACUUGCUUGCGAAGGCCAUCAGGUCCACUGUCAUCGAUUAGUAUUAGCUGCGUGUUCCACAUAUUUCGAAAGUCUACUCGGCGAAAAUCCAUGCAAACAUCCCAUAAUCAUUCUGCCGCGAGACAUAAAACUAUGGGAGAUACAAGCACUGGUCGAUUUUAUGUACAAAGGCGAAGUGAAUGUAUCUCAAGCGGGAUUACCGGAUCUACUCAAAUGUGCAGAAGCAUUACAAAUUCGUGGUCUAUGCGGAACGGACGCAGCUUUAAAUUUGAAUCAUAUAACAAAUAGUACAACAACGUCCUCGUCGGCAUCGACCACAAACAAUAAUACGUCAUUGCAUCACAUAACCGCCACAAAUUCAACAGCCAAUACAGUUUCAACCACACCCGCCACAAACCAUUCAUCCACGAUAACACCAUCAAACACAUCGACUCCGUGUAUAUCGCGAUCCGGUAGCAGUAGUAAAGUUGUCAUUGGCCCUGCCAUUUCGUCUCCUAGCGGUACAACGGCUGGUUUAGAUGUAACAUCGUCUACAUCACAAAUAACGAAUAUUCUACGCACUGAACUGUUAAAUGCGGCCACAAUCAAACUAUCCGCUCAAUCAACAACCAGCAACGCCUCAUCGGUUUCACGUGCUGGUACGAGUAUAAGCCUGGAUGAUGGAGAUGAUAGUGCCAAUGGAAGCGGAAGUGAAUUGAAUAUCAAAGAUGAUGAUGAAUCAGAUUUGAAAAUGAGAGUGGACUACAGUGACGAUCUGGAUGGAUCAGGAAAAUUGCAAUCUGAAACUGUUGAUGAACAACAACCACCUCAAAACCGUCAAACCCCACCAGAUAGCCAAAUAACUACAAAUCGCCGCCAAUCGUCUCUACACCAGCAACAUACUAAAUCUCGAGAUAUCUGUAAAUCUCUUACAUCGUCGCCUGCAAUUGGCGACGAUGUCGUCAUCGUCGGCGGUGGUAGUAACGGUGGUGGUGGUGGGAAUAUACGUGUUAAGUCCAAUGAAAAUCUAUUUGAAAAUUACAAAUCACGAAACCUAUCGCCACAUAAAACACACCGAAAUGCAAUCGGUAGUGACAUAGUGAACAAAAAUAGUGUUACAAACAAGCCUCUGUCGAAGACACCAACUGCUUCCCUACCACCACCAUUAGUCGACGAUUCUUUUUGUGUAAUCGACGACGAAGAAUAUGAUGAUGAUGACGACGAAAUUGUCGAAAUGCCACCGCAACUGCCACCGUCUCUAAAAUACAACUCGAAUACAAUGACCAUAUCGGUCAAACCGAUCACAACCAUGAAAAGGUCGAACCAACCCCGACACACCGAGAAAUCGGCAAGACCAUCGGAUCCGCAGGCCGACACAAAUGCAUCAAAUAUGUCGGGAGAAAAUUUUGAAAAUAUAAUUUGUUCGCCAAAUUUAAUUGAAAUUCCGUACAUGGAUGACGAAUACGAAGUCGAUGAUGAUAUCCAGCAACAGGAACAGCGCGAUUCAACUUACAUUUGUGAUGAUGCCGAUAUGCCUAAUGCAGCAAUGUCUGAUGAAGCCAUGCCUCGUCUGAUUCCAUUCGGAUUGCUCCAGACACAAAUAAAGGAUGAGGGUGCCGAGUACCACGACAAUAUGCCAAAGAAUUUGUUCGCUUCGAGCGCUUAUCGGCGAUCAAUGGGAAAUCUCUCGAUGACGCAUAACAAUGGGAAAUCGUUUAGUCGGAAAAUUUUGCUGAAAAAGGGUAUGACCAUUUUGAAUAACGGUGGCAGUUCUCCAUCACCGAGCGCUGUGGUACUUCGUAAUCCACGUGGGAAUCAACCGAGAACAUACACGACGGACGCUUUAUAUGCGGCUUUAAUGGACGUUAAAGAGGGUGAAAGUAUUUACAGAGCAUCACAAAUCCACAAAGUGCCACGGAAAACGCUGCGCAACUGGAUGAAGCGAUGGCACAUUAAAUCCGCUUUUCCGAUGCCUCGACAACUGAAGCAAGCAGCUGAGAACAAAAAGUUGAAGAAAAUCAUCGGUGACCAGUUGUCCACCACAAUAACAAUGGUCAAACCACAAUAGCAAGGAAUUAUGACAAGUGCUUCUACGCAAAUAAUUUAGGUUAAAAUU